UGAUCGACACAAGAGUGCCUGUUCGCUCGAAGCAAGCCAAACGAUAUCCUUAUCGCCAGCACAUUGGCGACUGCCUCAAGCGAUUCAGCAUUGGUGGACUGCACCCCACGCCCCGUCGCAUUUUUCACACUCCAGCCUGUCCACGAUAACCCCGGACAUCGCCCCCCCCCCUCCAAUUCACGUCGCUGGGCCCCAAGACAACCAUGAUCUACAUCUUCAUCGUGGAUACCAGUGUAUCCAUGAACCGCAUUUUCAGCAACGGCCUGUCCUAUCUCGAGUGCGCCAAGGCCGGCAUUGAACAGUUCUUCAAGUGGGAGCAGAAGCGCUCGGACCGCCAGAACAACAAGUAUCUCUUGGUCACUUACGAGGAAUACCCCAGAUGUUACAGGGCUGGCUUUGGCGACACCGAGAAGCAAGUCCUGGCCGCCCUCAAGCUUGUCAAGGCCCACGACCUCAGCAACCCUGGCCAGGCGCUGCAUGCGGCCUUCAGCUACGUCAACACGUACCGACUGCAGGCAGCAAUGGACGAGCCCGGAGCGGGCCGCUAUGUUGGAGGAUCCGAGACCACCAUCAUGUUCUUGAUGACAGACAAUGCUCGCUUCACUUCGCCCAAGGGAGUCACUGACAGGUUGGAGGUGCCUGGCCUGCAGCGUCCCGCUGGCGAGUUCUAUAUCGAGCCGUUUCGAUGGGAUCAGCGGCUGUACACGCUAUUCAUGGUCCCGCAAAGCUCCAGUGUCGACCCACAGCUACAGGGCAUGAGUGCGGAUAUGUACGGCGAGAGCUGGAAGAUAUCGUCUCUGACACACAUGCUGCAAUGUAUCGACAACUGUAUGGGCGCCAGCAAGCCUGUGCCACAUCCUGUCGAACCGCAGACGCACAUUGCCAUCAACCAGGGCGUCGUCAUUGCCUUGGAGGAGAUUCCGACUGAUGCCCCCGAGAAUCAACCACGCCUCCCGCCAAGCAAAGCCAUCAUCUAUGCCGAUUCGAGGGCAUCUCGCAUUUUCCCUAUACCCGAGUCCUAUGCGCCAAAGCUAAUCGACAAGUCUCCUCCGCCCCGUCGUGCCCAUCCAACGGUCCAUUUCAUCCGCAAAGCAGACGAGAAGUUCUCCAUCUUUGAAAGGUUUCCAGUUGAUCGCUUCAGCAUGGACCAGAGCAACCCAGUCAUCCAAGAGCUCUCCACAAAGAAGCCCGGCACUUCAUGGCCACUUUUUGUCAUCAGCAGUAGCGAGCCCGGCGCGCCCGGCCCACCCUUUGGCUUUCUCAAAGUCGGCGCCUCCCAAAAGUUUGUAAACUUGUAUAUUCUCCCGUACAACUUCCAAGCCCUGUUUUCUCUGCUGGACCAUCGCGCAAAGCUCCUCAAGCGGAAUCCGAAUGCAACACCUUCUUCGGCAUGGAGACAGCAUAUGCGCGAAUACAUGGACAAGAUCCCCUCGUACUAUAUCCCCCCCCUCCGAAUCGCCUUCCGUUUGCUGGGGAUCGAUUCGCUGAUGUCCGAUCUUCCCGAGCCAACCCCCCUGAUGAUGAACUACGUCUCUGCUGUGCGUGCCCAGGCCAAGAUCGAAUACGAGAAGCUUCUGAAGCUGACCAGCCCUGAGACCAAGGAGAAUCCAAAAGAGGCUGCGUCUUUCACAUUGUUGAAUCCUUUCGACGUAUCCAAGCCAGAACUGCGCUCAAAGCUCAAGGCCCUGAGGAACCAAUUCCUUGAAAAUCCAGCGGCGGAUCUACAGAGCAAGAAAGCAACAGAUGAUGAGCGGCUCCACUCUCUACCGAUUGCUCAGAUGGGCGACUAUGCUGCCCGAAUGAGUAAGCGGCAGCUACUGCGCGAUCCAUUCGAAGACGAUGAUGAGGCUCGGUUUCGAGAGCAGACCAUGUUUGGAAACCCAUAUCGGCGUGACAAAAAGGUAUCGAUUGACGAGGCCGACGAAGCCUCUGUGGAAAGCAGCGAGCGAAUGUCAUUUGUAAGCACCUCUUCGACAUCGUCACUCGCACGACGCGGCAAGCGACGACAUCUCAACGACACGGAGAUGCAAGAGUUUGAGCAGCUCCGACAGCGGCGGCUCGAGCGCAUCCCGACUUGGGAGUCGAUCACGGACACAGCGCUACCCCUGCCACGAGGGAAUCUCCGUCGCGACUAUGUCCAGAUGCUUGGCGAGAAUGCCAAGCGCCGCAGCGAGUCGAUAGCGAUCGAUGGUGCAAGCACACUUGCAAAGAUCGAGCCAGCCACAGACCUGGAUCUUCAGAGCCGAUACGAAGCGUCGCAACUGAGCCGGACCCAUUCGUGGGACUCGCGUCCAUCUAUCGUUGCUGUUGAGAACGAUGGCCCCGAUGGCCGCUUUCCCUAUCCUGUUUACGGCGUGACAUCGCCGACCACCUCAACUCCGACAAGUUAUGCAGCCACCUCCGUCUCGGUUCCCCCGACCCAAGCGCACCUGUAUUUGCCCCAGGCAAACUCCACCCCCGCCCUGACCCCAGGAUACCCAGCCGCUUGUGGCUUUGCACCCCAGGCACCCCAGGCACUCCAGGCACCGCAGCAGCAGCAGCUUCCCCCGCAAUCGCAGCAACAGCUACAGCAACUUCAAACACAGCAACAACAGUCGCUGCACGCACCAGAUCUCGACAUUUCCGUUUCAUCCAGCCCGCUUACGCCUGCGGGGUUGUUGGGGCAGCAGCCGCUGGUGAACCUACCGCUGCUUUCAUCCACACCCCUGUCGGGUGUGUUCCCGCCUGCGCCCCAACAUGCCCUCUCGAAUCUCAAUCUGUCAAACUUGGCCCCCGAGUUUGUUGCUGCGGCAGUCAGCAUGUUGAGUGGCGGCACAGGGUUGUUUGCUCCAACGCAAGUGCUCGAGCCGAACGGCGGCGCACCUUCUGCCCCUGUCCAGUACCCGGCUAUGCCGGGGCUGAUGCCGCUGCAAUCGGAGCAGCCGAGGACCUCGUCCGAGGGCAGUGGCAUCCCGCGCGACCCUCGUCUACAGAAGCGCCAGGCUCAACAGAAUCCGUUGGCUCAGCCAGUACAGUUUGUUCAGCAAUCCCAUCUGAUGCAACUGACUCAACUGUCGCAACUGUCGCAGCCAUCCCAGCCGGCUCAACAGUCCCAGUUCAUCCAGCAGCAACCCCAGCAACCCCAGCAAGCACCUGCGCCGGUCGCACUGCCUCUGGGCGCUGUAGUGGGCCCGGUCGAUAUGAGUUCGUUCGGUGGCAUGGCACCGGCAAUAUCGGGCGCGGCAGCCGUCCCGUUUCUGGUGCCGAAUGGCGACGGAGGACGCACGGCCAUGGACAUGCUGGGAUCUUUCCAGCACCAGAUUGGAACUCAACCCAUGCCUCAGCCAGGCAGCGCAGCUCUAUAUCAAGACAGACAGACACAAGGCCCGCUGGUGCCUCCGCACACAGCCGCUCAAGCCGGUAUGCAGCCCUUGCAAUACGGUGGCGGAGGAGGCUUCAAGCGAGGAUAUCCCAAGCGUGCACGCGGAGACGAGCCUUCCGACCGUCGGCCAGGGAAUCCCGAGCGGCCUCACAAGCAACGACCAGGACUCGGGGCUGGUGGCGGCGGACAUCGAGGCGCUGGAUCAGGAGCGCAAGGCGCGGGAUCACCCUCUGGUCACUACGGACCCCUUCAUCGAGCACAUCCAUGAGCUGAUGGCAUCACUAUCGACCGAUGGUAAGGAAGGACAGCGCGGCGGCCUCGCUGCCUUGACCAAGACCAUCUUUGACCACCUGGCGCAGUACCC